CGAUACUCAACAUCUUACGUAACCAAUGACAGGGAGUUCCAAAUUAGCUUUAGUUCUUCGACCAUCUCGACGCUGACUCUGCCCAGCUCCUCCCUGCAUAGGCCGCUCGUUCCGGACGUCUGAUCGUGGUCUGAUCCUUGGGAAGCUUGUAACCCACUGAUCAUGAUUUCACGCUCCUUUGGAUAUCUCGUUCUUGUCGGUUCUCUAUGCUGGCGCUGUCUCGCGGCACAAGGCCCUGUUGUCUCUCGUUCGGCCUCCCAAUGCGAACCGUUUGAAAGCAGCUUCGCUCCUGGCGACGUCUCAGGCAACACAGACACAUCUUUCCUGGCACUGACUCCGUCCGGAUCCUACAGUACUUCCGAUCAUAAGCUGCAACUAUACUUGGAGAGGCCUCAAGGGAAGAUUACCACCAAGAACGGAGUCAAUGACAAGCUUGGAGAAGGCGCAACCGUCAACUCGACGUUCACAUUCCUGUACGGGCGAGUGACCUACACGAUUGCGGCCCCGCCUGUCGUUUCUGGCGUAGUGACUGCGGCCAUCCUAAUAGCGGAUGAGGGCGAUGAAGUGGACGUCGAACUCCUCGGCGGCGACCCCUCUCACUGGCAGACGAACGUUUACGCUCCGAACCCCAAGGACCAGGGACCACUCUGGGGUGUGUUUGGCGAAAUCGAGGACUAUCCGGACGGCGGCGACGGCUCACAGUCUCAUGAAUACACUGUCGACUGGAACGCAGAGCGCAUCGUCUGGAGCGUGGAUGGCCAGUCCAUUCGUACGAUCACAAAGGGUGGAACUGAGAAGAACGGCGCUCUGCAUUACCCGUCACACCCUACGCGCCUCUCGCUUGGAAUCUGGGAUGCAAGCUCUCCAGUUGGUACCGCGCAGUGGGCGAAAGGACCGAUCGACUGGUCGAAUGCUCCUGAACGCAUCACUGCUACAAUCACGAAGGUCUCACUGGAAUGCCCGUACUAGCUUAUAUGUUCUCUUGGGUCUCUUAUUUCCGGCAUUCUUGCAUGGCGUGGUACCAUGUAACUUGUACUUCGAUUGUUGAAUGUACAUAUGCAAUACAGCCUAUUCUGAUCACCGCGCUGUCCCAAGGCCCGCUUACUUAGAAAGUCGUGUCAGAAGCAACUGCAGAGAAAGUUCGCAUUC